UGAGGUGGAUAAACGGUUCUCACAGAUACGUCCUUAUCUCCUCACAGCACAUGGACGCCCUUCACAUGAACGCGCCCCAGCUGCGCGGCUCCACCGGGGGUUUCUGUCAGACUGACGUGGUUCGGUUCCGGCUGUGAUGAUUCUGACAGAACCCGACAACAAUGGGUAAAACCGAGGAGAACUUUGUGAAUGACAGCGGCUUUAGAAACGUACCAGUUGGAGUUACUUUAAAAGGAUGCCCCCUGGUGGAGGCCUAGCUGUCCUCCUCCUCCUCCUCCUCCUCCUCUUCCUCCUCCGGUCCACAGCCCAACCAGCUGCUCCUGGGUGCCUGUUUUCCGUCCUCUCCACAGAACUCCGAGUGAACUGCAGUUCUCUGGACCUGGUGGAACUUCCUGUCCUUCCUCCUGAAACCACUGAGCUCCACCUCCACAACAACCGCCUCACCACCGUGUCUCCGGGCCGGUUUGACAGACUGCUGGGUCUGAAGACCGUCUCCCUGCACGGGAACAUCUUCCACUGCGACUGUCAGAUCCAGUACCUGAGGAACUGGCUGCUGAAGAACCCACGGGCCGUGGUGGAGGAGCCCGUGUGUACCAGUCCCAGCUCUGUGGCCCACACCUCCAUCAGUGCACUGACCGAUGACUACUUCAGCUCCUGCGGCCCACCGGGGUGUUCCGGUGGAGCCGUCGGUGCCGUGACGGCCGUGGUUCUGGCCUGUGUCCUGGUUCUGCUGCUGUGGAGCCUGAGAUUGGCCAGAACCUCCAGCUUCACUCUGUUCAUCCACGGCAGACACUCGGGGUUCGAGGCCCGCUCUCUGCCCUCGCUGAGGCCCAAACACAGGAAGAGACUGAACACCACGGUGUCAGAGGUCACUCUGGACCGGAGCCUGGACCCGGAGUCUUCCAGUGGAGCAGAGGACCUGCAGAGACCACUUCUCAACAUGGAGCUCCUGCCUCAGGUGUUGGACGUGUUACACAGGAAACACGACAUAAAGAUAAAGGAGGUCUGAGAGGAAGAACCGGACCAGACGGACUCCACAUCCGACAGGUGGAACCUGGAGAUCAUCAGGAUCAUCACGAGUCCAGGACCAGAACCUGGGCUUCAUCUCCACGGACUAACGGACGCCUUUAGAUUUCAACUCUCUGUCUAGAGCAGUGGUCCCCAACCCCUGGGCUGUGGACCGGCACUGGUCCGGGGGUCAACUGGUACCAGUUUUGAACUUGGCCACUUGGAGACCAAGAGUUCUGCAUUAAAAGAUGAGCGCGAUGUUAUGAUAAGUUGGCUAAAUGUUGAAUGUUAGAUUUAGAAAAUACCAGCUUUUAUGACCAUUGUAUCAUUUUAUUAAAGGCCAGUCCGUAAAAAAAAAAAAAAUUCAAACAUUUAACCGCAAAACCUCUUCAUACUCAGACGCCGCUUCUUUAACAGAGGAUUUGUAUUUAUUGUUGUUUUUUUUCUUGUAUGUAAAUAAAGGAUAAGUUUACAGUAAA